AUGAAAUUUCUUCUUCAAGAUGCUCAAAGAUCACUGCUUCGCGGCUUGGGUAGGCGAUACUUGGCAGCCUCAGCAACCUCAACAGAGCAGUACUCCAAGCGAAACUAUGCAAAUAAUGUAUCAGAGUACAAUACUGUUUUUGCUUCUCUUACUGUUAAACGCAGGAAUUAUCUGUUGAGAGAUGCUUAUGAUGAUAUGAUGUUAGACGGAGUGCAGCCGAGUAGAGAUACAUUCCAUUCUUUGAUUGCUGGAACUAUGAAAGGCUCGCGUUUGCAAGAUGCCUUCUAUUUUAGAGAUGAGAUGAAAGCUAUGGGUUUGGUUCCUGAUGUUGUCUUGUACAACUUUUUGAUAUCAACCUGUGGGAAAUGCAAGAAUUCUGACCAGGCAAUUAAGGUUUUGGAUGAGAUGAAGAAUUAUGGAGUGAAGCCAAAUGGACAAACCUAUAUCUGUCUACUUAAUGCAUGUGCUGCUGCUGGUCGGUUAGAUCCAGUGUACACAAUUGUUCGUGAUAUGACUUCCGCUGGUGUUGGUUUGAACAAGUACUGCUAUGCAGGACUAAUAGUUGCACAUAAGAACAAGACACCUGUAUCAGAAGAUGUAGCCGCCAAAAUUAUUGAGUUUGUUGAGCAGUCAAAAAAUUGGUCAACAGUUGAAGCAUCAACAGGAGUAAAUGCUGAAAAUGUGAUGAUGAAUGUUUCUGAAGAGGAAUUAUACAAUUUACCAACUGCUGACUAUAUUCAUAGGCGUCAAGGAUUUUUGGAUAAGGAACUGACUGUAUACCAUGUGGCCUUUGAUGCUUUUGUGGAGCUUAAAAAUGUACAGGUGGAUCUUCUCACAUCCCUAGCUAUGGAAACUCUUGUGGAGCUGCUUAAGAGUGAGAAAAAGGAUCCUGAUGUCUUUAUUCUCGUGCAAAUGAUGAGCUUAGGAAUAGUAGAGCAACAAGACAUGUGGCAACUCAAGAUUAGGAGUCUUACACGAGCUGUGCUGGAACAAGUUAAGUUUAAAACAGCUCGAGCUCAAGCUGAGUUUGACCAACAUUCUAAGAUUAUCAAGCCAAUGUGCUAUCUACAUUCUGGAGACCUUGAUCGCGGUCUUCAAAUUUAUGAUGAUUACAUGAAUUCCAAGAAGCGUAUUUACAUAGAACUAUAUGUGGCACUUGUAGAGGGAGCCAUGAUAGGGCAUACUCCAAGGGGGAUGCAAAUUGCUUUAGACAAGCUGGAAGAAAUGACUCAGAGGAACUUCUUCUUGAAUCCAAAAAUGGCAAAUGAUCUCCUCCUCAUAGCAGCUGGUGAUAAGAAAGGUGGAUAUACAACUGCCAAUUAUUUAUGGGACCUGAUGCAAGCUCGGAAUAUAACACCUUGGCUUCCUGCGGUGCAAGCAUAUUACAAUGGGUUAAAAGCGCGCUUUGUUCCUGAAGAGGAUCCCAGACUGUUGCAGGUUUCUAGUACUUAUGAGAAGUUAGCCCGAAGCCAUCGGAGGUACUCAGUUCUUCCAGCUGUGGUUUUAUAG